AUGCCAUCAAUUGAUUCAAGCGAUAUUUACUAUCCAGUAUCAUGGAUCAAAGUAACAACUGAUCUUCUAUUAAAUUUAUUCAAUAGUCCUCAAAAAACAAAACGUUCUCUACCUGAAGAAGCCGAAUGUGGUUCAUUAGAAGGUAUUAAAUGUUGGCUUCGUGAAGGCGCAGAUAUUAAUGCACCUGAUGCAUAUGGUUAUACACCAUUAAUUAAUGCUGCAAUGCUUGGUCGAGCUGAUAUUGUUAAAGUAUUAAUUGAUGCUGGAGCCGAUAUACAAAAACCUGGUCAAUUUGGUUAUACAGCUUUACAUGCUGCUGCUCAAAAUGGUCAUUUAGAAGUUGUUCAAACACUUGUUAAAUAUGGAGCAAGUGUUAAUUGUAAAAAUGAUGAUGGAGAUAUUCCACUUAUACUUGCUGUUCGUGGUACACAUGCAGAAAUUAUUGAUUAUCUACUUAAAGCCGGUUCGGAUAUACAUCAAAAUGGUUGGCUUGGACAAUCAGCAGUUCAUACAGCUAUUGCUACUGGUGAUCAAGCAACAGCUGAUACAUUAUUAAAUCGUGAAAUGAUGAUUGGAUGUUCAUCUUCAGAGUCACAUCGUCAUGCAUGUGAACACCUUCGACGAUCAUCAAUGUCAAUAGAUGGUUGA